UAGUUACUGUUCCAGUAUUUAAAGCUUUAAAGGAAAAUUAGUAUACAUUUACAAUGAGAUUCAAUGACUCAAUUAUUAUUACCUAAAUAAAUUAAAUAGCUAAAUUAUAAAAGAAAAAAACUGAAAAAAUGUCUACCAACAAAUUAACAAAUAUUAAAACUAGUUCUGGUUUAAGUUCCUAGGAAAAUUAAAAAAGGAUUCCAGUAAGAUACUGUUUUAAAUACUUUGAAAAAGUUCUAGUUCAAAUAUUAAUUAGGUUAGUUUAAUUUAUUUUUAAUUUUGUUUCCAAUUUAAGACUUAUCCCACUGUGCAAUGGAUGUUACAAAACAUUGAUGCUAUGUUGAAUUUAGGUUUCAAAAAAACAUUACUAAUAAACAUCAACACGAUAUUCUAUAGCUGUUUUAUAAAAAUAAUGUUUUUCAUGUUAAUAACUAAUAUUCUAUGAGUGUUUAUAAUUCAUCAUUGACAUGAUAUUACAAGAAAACAUGUAUACGAUAUUGAAUAAUUGUUCCAUAAAAAUAAUAUUAAUAUGUUAACAACUAACAUUGUUUAAAUGUUUAUGAUUCAUCAGUGAUACGAUAUUACAAUAGAACAUGAAUACCCGGGCCUACCCUGAUUAUUAAUCCAAAAUAUACAUUUUUAAAUUAAAAACAAGAAAUAUGUUACUUAUAUACGCACGCUGAAUAGAGAAUACUGAAUGUAAGGUUAAUGUAACUUGUAAGUACAUAAACUUACUGCGUACUGCGUAGGUAACUGUUAAACUGUGUGACUGUAUACAUCGAUCAUAUAUUCAUAUUUUUUGCUGUAAAUAAUAUAAAUAUUAUGUAUCUAUAAAUAAAAUUAAUAAUCGUAAAAUUUACCGACAAUUAAUUGGAAAUACCCGAUAUUUCUACAUAGAUAUAGAAAUUACAUGACCCGACGCGCGACGACCGUAAACUUGUAAAUUUGGAAUCAUUAUCUAUGUGAUUAUGUUUUUAUUAUUGAGUUAUUCACUUAUUCGUGUUUUGGUGUUCGGCAUGUUCUAAAUUCUAAUAACGGUUCAAAAUCAAAACGACUCGCAUUCAUACAUCAGUACAUCACACAUCGUACAUAUCACAUUUCACUAUUGGCGUGUAUUUAAUAUUAAAUACUAUUGCAUACAAAAUAUUUUAUUACCUACGUAACACAUACCUAGUGAAUGUUCAGUCUACUAGUAUAAUGGCUACAAUAACCAAAAGAUGGGUGAUUGGGAGCUUCACAGAAACUAACGAAUUUAGCGUUUUACCAACAAAUUGGUUAAUUAAAACAGUAGGUCCAGAUGGCCGUAGUAUUAUAUACUGUAAAUGGCCACCACCGCCAACUACAGUUUCUAGUGACAUAAUUAAUGCAGCAGUUGAACCAGAGAUUGAUUGGCCAAGUUUUAAAGUUCGGUUAGCAAAUAAUGGAAAAGAAUUUUGUAAUUUUAAGAAAGCAUGGCACUAUAAAUUUGUAUUGAGUUCAGACACAUCUGCAUCUGAAGUUGAUGAGUCAAAAAAUAAAAAAUUAUAUAACCAAGCUCAAAAAUCUAAUUUUGAUAAAGCGUCAACGGAUUCAGAAGAAUCUGAAGAAGAAGCAUAUAAUAUAUUGGAGCUGCAGUGUACAGAGAAAAAUACACACAGUACAAUAUUGUCUACCACCAACUCCAAUCAGCAAAAAAACUCCAGUCAGACAACGAGUAUCCGAAAAAACAGUAUCCUGGAAGUUCCACAAGUCACAGAUGAUAGCUUUAACCAGUAUGACACGCCAUAUGUACAAAAUAAUAGUCUACUUGAAACAGUUGAAACUACUGAUCCGCAUGUCUCAGACAAACAAUUGAGAUCAGUUUAUGAUAACAAUAUAUCUUACAAUAAUUCAUUGGUAUAUGAGAAUAUUAAAUUGGAUUCAAGUCAUUCAGCACCUAAUUUCAGAUUAAAUUACUCGGAUAAAAAUAUAAUGGAAAAAUUAGAAACUGUAUGCAAUGAACAAAAUAUUCAAAGAUUGAUGAUAGAGCGCCUGCUAUUGAAGAUGGAUUACAUUGCACAGGCUUUAAAAGACAACAGUGGUUUACAUACCAAUACUUCUAUUCAAUUAGAUGAAGAUUUUUUGACACAUUUUCCAUUAAUUGAUGCAGCUAUGUUUACUUGGGUUGAAAAUAAAAUUAUAAACGACUCAAAUUUUUUAGAUAAACUGGGAUUUUUUAUUAAGUCCAUUGGUGGGAGUGAUCCCAAAGAUCAUGUAAAAAGAACAGUUUCAAAGUUAUUUAGCAAUGAGUAUGCUACACAAUGUACAUGGACAGGUCGUGGCAAAGGUAUAACUACAAAAAUUGGCAACACAGAACUAAUAAAAAUUAUAAAAAAAGUUGUUAAAGACUGUAGCAAUAAAUUAAUUACUGAUGCUGAAUUUGAAAAAUGUAUUUCCGACUGGUUUAGAUAUGCUAAUACCAGGAUAAAUAGAUCAAAAACUAAACUAGUACAAUAAAUUACUAAUAAUUUCAGUACCUAAUAUUAAAAAUUUUAAAUCUAAUCUUAAGGUCACAGAUUCAAAUGUUUUUUUUUAUCAUUACUACAAAGUUAAAAGUAUAAAUAAUUAUUUUAAAAACAGUUCAAUAUUUAAACAUGUUGAAUAUGUUUAAUAUAACAGUUUUUUAUUUACCUAUUAUAAUGCUGUAUACUAAUUUAUAUUUAAAUAAUAAAGUGAAAUUUUUAUUAUUGGCUUUGUUUUUCAUUGUUUUAGAUAAUAGAGAGAAAGAAGAAAUGCAUUGGAAAAAUAACAUCACGCCACUUUAAAAAAAUUAUUAACCUCAAUCAAAAUAAGUUUAAAACAGUAAGACAGUUAGGUCAUAAUAAUUUGAUUGAUAUAUCUGAAAAAACUUCUAAAUUAAUUAAUAUUAAUUCAACAUCAUGUGACACCAACAAUUUAAUAAUGUUUCCAUCUAAUACUACACCAUGCCAUCCAGUAAUUCCAUGUGUAAAUAUUUAUGACAAAGAAGUCCAAGAUCCUAAUUUAAAUUUAUCCAACAAUAAUAAUUAUUCUGAACUGUUAAAUUGUUCUCCUCCAAAUAAUUCAUCCAAUGAA